CGCUGUGACUGACGCCUGCCCUCCGCUGCACCGAAAUGGGACGGCCCAUCGGGAACCGCCAGUCGCCGCCGCAGCGGCCACCGUUCUGAGGCUCCACUUCUACCACGGCGGCCAAGGAGCGGCGGAGUGCGGCUUCCUCGCCUACCCACCGGGGGACUACGUGGCGGAGGAGCUGUGUAUAGAUGCGGCGGCGGCGUGCAGUAUAUCGCCGCUGUACUGCAACGUUUUUGCUCUCUACCGAGAGCGAGACAGCUUGUGGUUUUCACCCAACCACAUCUUCCAGGUUGACGAAGUGGCCUCUGAAGAUGUGUUUUUCAGAAUAAGGUACUAUUUCCCUGGCUGGUACAGCGGUGGGUCAUCCAGAGCGUAUCGAUAUGGGGUUUCCAAAGGGUCAGAAAGCCCCGUCCUGGAUGACUUUGUAAUGUCAUACCUCUUCUCUCAGUGGAGGAACGACUUCAUCAAUGGCCGAGUGAAGGUCCCCAACUCCCAUGAGACCCAGGAAGAGUGCCUCGGCAUGGCUGUCCUCGAUAUGACGCGGACAGCCAAGGAGAGACAGAUGUCCCCGCUGGACAUCUACCACACAACGAGCUACAAGUCCUUCCUGCCCAAGGACAUGAGCGCUCAGAUCAAGGACUGCAACUUCUUGACACGCAAGCGAAUCCGAUUCCGCUUCAAGCGCUUCAUACAGCAGUUCAGUCAGUGUCGGACCACCGUGCGCGACCUCAAGCUCAAGUACCUCAUCAGCAUGGAGUCCCUGGAGAAGUCCUUCUACACGGAGACCUUCCAGGUCAGGGAACCGUCCAGCGGGCAGCUCGUCAUCCUGGUGGCGGCGGACUUUGGCAUCCAGUGGUGUCGAGAGAAGCUUAAGGAUUCCGACCAGGAGCUGCAGACGCUGUGUGACUUCCCUGACGUCACUGACAUCAGCAUCAAACAGGCCAGCAAGGAGGGGGCAGUCGAGUCUCGGGUGGUCACCAUCAACAAACAAGAUGGCAAGAAUCUGGAGCUGGAGUUCCUCAGUCUGCCUGAAGCCCUCUCCUUUGUGUCCCUCAUCGAUGGCUACUACCGGCUCACCACGGACGCACAUCACUACCUUUGUAAAGAAGUGGCUCCUCCCAGAGUUGUGGAGGCCAUCGCGUCACAUUGUCAUGGCCCCAUCUCAAUGGAAAGUGCCGUCAACCGGCUUCAGAAGUGUGGAAACAAACAAGGUUCGUUCAUUUUGAGAUGCAGCCCGAAAGACUUCAACAAGUAUUUCCUGACGUUCCCCGUUGAGGCAUAUGAUGCUUUGGAGUACAAGCACUGCCAGAUAACCCGGUCCGCCAGUGGGGAGUUCAACCUGAGCGGAACCAAAAGAACCUUCAGCAGCCUGCAGGAGCUUCUCAGCUGCUACCAAAAGGAGACGGUGCGCUCUGACCGCUGCAUUUUCCAAUUCAGCAAGUGCUGUCCACCUAAACCCAAAGAAAAGUCCAGCCUGCUUGUGUGUAGGAACAACAAGGGCUCCGAAGUGCCUCUCUCUCCGACUCUACAUCGACACAACAUCAACCAGAUGGUGUUUCACAAGAUCAGGAAAGAAGAUUUGGAAUUUAUGGAGAGUCUAGGCCAGGGGACAUUUACCAAGAUUUUUAAAGGUGUGCGCAAGGAGCUGGGAGAUUAUGGCCUCGUGCACCAAACGGAAGUCGUCAUGAAAGUCCUGGAUCAAGCCCACAGGAACUACUCUGAGUCUUUCUUUGAAGCUGCCAGCAUGAUGAGCCAGUUGUCCCAUAAACACCUGGUACUCAACUAUGGUGUGUGUGUUUGCGGCGAAGAAAAUAUCAUGGUGCAGGAGUAUGUAAAGUUUGGCACACUGGACACCUACCUGAAGAAGAACAGGAACCUGAUUAACAUCCUGUGGAAGCUGGAGGUGGCCAAGCAGCUGGCCUGGGCAAUGAACUUCCUGGAAGAAAAGCAGCUCGUCCACGGCAACGUGUGCGGCAAAAACGUUCUUCUGAUCAGAGAAGAAGACCGGCGGGCUGGAAACCCCCCCUUCAUCAAACUGAGUGACCCCGGCAUCGGCAUCACGGUCCUUCCCAAAGAAAUCCUGAUCGAGAGGGUGCCCUGGAUUUCCCCGGAGUGUGUCGAGGACCCAGCCAACCUGAGCCUGGCUGCGGACAAGUGGAGCUUUGGCGCCACGCUGUGGGAGAUCUGCAGCGGUGGGGAGAGACCUUUAGCAUCCCUGGACAACUCCAAGAAAACCCUGUUCUAUGAGGACCACCACCAGCUGCCGGCACCAAAGUGGACCGAACUGGCGAAUCUGAUCACCAGCUGCAUGGACUACGAGCCGUCUUUCAGGCCCACGUUUCGUGCCGUUAUCCGUGACCUCCACAGCCUCUUUACACCAGACUACGAGCUGAUCGUGGACAGUGACAUCCUGCCCAACAGGACUGUGGUCUCAAGCUGGUCCACCGGGGGCUUUGAGAGUCAGGAGCCCGCUCAGUUUGAAGAGCGACACCUCAUAUUUUUACAGCAGCUGGGAAAGGGGAACUUUGGCAGCGUGGAGAUGUGUCGAUACGACCCGCUCCAGGACAACACUGGGGAGGUCGUGGCCGUGAAAAAACUGCAGCACAGCACCGCAGAGCACAUCCGGGACUUUGAGCGGGAGAUCGAGAUCCUGAAAUCUCUGCAGCACGAGAACAUCGUCAAGUACAAAGGCGUUUGUUACAGCGCAGGACGCCGAAAUCUCCGUCUGGUCAUGGAAUAUCUGCCCUUCGGAAGUCUGCGCGAUCAUCUCAUGAAGAACAAGGAGAGGAUCGACCACAAGAUGCUUGUGCAUUUCACCUCACAGAUCUGCAAGGGUAUGGAGUACCUGGCGAGCAAGCGCUACAUCCACAGAGACCUGGCAACGCGGAACGUCCUGGUGGAGAGCGAGCUGAGGGUGAAGAUCGGGGAUUUCGGCCUCACCAAAGUUCUGCCUCAGGACAAAGAGUACUACAUGGUCAAAGAGCCAGGAGAGAGUCCCAUAUUCUGGUACGCCCCCGAGUCGCUGACUGAGAGCAAGUUCUCUGUGGCCUCAGACGUCUGGAGCUUUGGGGUGGUGCUUUACGAGCUCUUCACCCACAGCGACAAGACCUCCAGCCCUCCGGCAGUCUUCAUGUCCAUGAUGGGGAACGACAAGCAGGGACAGCUGAUCGUCUAUCACCUCAUUGAGCUCCUCAAGUCGGGCAGCAGGCUGCCUCAACCUCUGGGGAGUCCCGCGGAGAUACACGAGAUCAUGGAGGAGUGCUGGGACAACGACCCCGGCUUACGUCCUUCUUUCAAGGAGCUCUCCCUGCGCAUCGACCUGUUCCGGGACAGCAGGGAGUUUUAGACCGAGAGAUCACCCAAAGUGCCGCGCUCACCCUCAACCGAGUCGCUCUUAAACGUUUUGCUCCCGUUUGUGGCGAAGGAGGGAAAAGGGCCCAAACGAGGUCCUUCUGUGUCAGCGUGUGGACACGCAUGUUGUGACUGUGAGAAGCGGUGGAUCCAAACUUGGACCAGCUCAAAAACUACUGCCGAGGUUGCCUUUAAGCAAGGCACCAAACACCCGCCCCGCGUCCCCCAAGUGGAGCGGAGCAGAGUGCAGAUGGGGGCCUGGAUCGAAUGGUUGAAAAGUAGAGUCCAAGACUUUGUGGAGGCCCAGAAGAUGAUUGUCAGGCUUAAAGCCGGAGAUGCUUCUGUCAAACAAAGUCUCUCUGUGUGCGUGUGCGUGUGCGUGUGUGUGUGUGUGUGUGUGUGUAUACGAGAGUGUGUGUGUGUGUGUGCCCACAGUGUAAAUAUGUCCAGAAGAAUUUUAUAAAAUGAAAGUAUAGUAAAGUUCUAUAUGAACUACACGUCAGUCUAAAUGAAGUAUAUACGAAGGUGCGUUAAAAGUC